AUGUCGAGUAGCUGGGGAAGUAACUCAAGAAGUAGUAAUAGCUCGGGAAGCGAUGUCGAAAACCCGUUUAAUGUUGAGGAGGAGGAACUCUUGCAGAUUGGAACAAGAUGUAGCGAGCUAAGGAAAGAAAAGGAUUUGCUUAGAGAAUCACAGUCUCAGAGUGUUGAACUCGUCAGAAGGUUGGAGCUUAACGCGAAUUCCUUGUCAGAGUCUCGUUUAGAAGAUGAGAGAAGGAUUCAGACAAUGGAGAAGGAGUUGUUGAAUUGUUACCAGGAGAUUGAUUACUUACGCAAUGAAGUGAAUUUAAGAAGCAAAGAAGUGAACUACCUUACUGAACAUGUGCUCGAUCUUGAACUCAAAGUAAACGAAUCAAGGAAAUUGGAAGAAAAAGUUAACUGUUUGAUGGAGGAGUUGUGUACAUCGAAAUCUGAGCAACUAGUGUUGUUGCAAGAGCUCGAGAGAACAGAAACUGAGCUACACUUGUCUGUGUUUUCUGUAGAGAAGCUUGAGGAGUCUAUCACAUCCUUAACACUGGAGUCCCAGUGUGAGAUUGAAAGCAUGAAACUUGAUAUAGUAGCGUUGGAGCAGGCCCUAUUUGACGCUAAGAAAGUUCAAGGAGUAAGCAUCCAAGAAAGCGAUAAAUUGAGAGAAAUAGUCGAGGAGCUACGGUUGAAGUCUCACGAGGCGCAAGAGUACGCCAAGUGCUUAGAGAAGCAAAAUGAGGAGCUGAGGGAGAGAUUUGCCGCCUCUGAAAGGAUCGUCGAAGAAGACUUUUUUCGAAGCUUCAAAGAACGGUUACCAAGUAAAAGUGAAGCGCCUGUAAAUGCAGAAGAAUGUUUCCUUGAGAUCGUCGAGAGUUUGGAGGCUUCACAGGAUGUGAAUUUGAGAGAUAAAAUGGCAAGAAAGAUACGCCAAUACGAAGAUCUUGUGAAGCAGCUCAAGGAUGAAUUGAAAGAAGAGAAACUAAAGGCCAAGGAAGAAGCAGAGGACUUAACACAAGAAAUGGCUGAAUUAAGAUAUAACAUGACAUGUUUAUUGGAAGAAGAAUAUAAGCGACGAGCAUGCAUCGAACACGCAUCAUUACAAAGAAUAGCCGAUCUUGAAACACAGAUCAAGAGAGAGAAGCAUAAGUCCUCUACUUGCAUUAGAAAUUGA